CUUCUUCAUGAUUGUUCAUUGAACCAAUUGGCUAUCACAAUCAUGCAGUCAAUUAAAUCUGAUUGAAAAUGGAGACGAUUUUUAUACUGAAAUGAUUAAGGAAAAGACUAAAAUAAAAAAUUUGAAGAUUACUAGGUUCAAUUAUCAGUUAAACCAGCCAGUAGCAAUCAGUAACAUGUCCGAGUGGGCGGGAAAAUAUGUUAACAGUCAAAUAAACCAUUAAAGCAUGCAAAGUUGCAAGCCAAGCUAUGAAUCGAAAGCUUUUCUUUCCACCUGAAAUCACGAAAUCAACGGCUGCAGUUUAGAGUAUUGAAUGGAAAGAUUAGAGCUUAGAUUUUGAGAACUGAGUGGCAUUUUUGAAGGGGAAACAAAGGGCACUGUUAUUUAUGGAUUUCUCGUGAAAAAGCUCACAAGCCAAUAAAGCUAACCACGCCACCUUCAUUCAACAUUCAUCACACGUUUCACGAAUCUUGAUUCCAAAAAAAAAAAAAAAACCUCCUUUGAAUCCAAUUCUACAAAUUUUCACCUUGCGAGAAAGCUUUAAUGGAUUCAGGUUGUGUUGCCUUGAAAGUCAAUUCUCAUCUGGUGAAUGUAAGGAAUAGUGGCUUUGGCAAUGGAGAUAACACAUUUCUGGGGGAGAGAAUUAGAGGGAGUCUUAAUAACAACAGUGUUUGGGUCAAUCGGGUGGCAAACAGCUUAAGCACUUAUAAUAAGAAAGCUAUGAAGAUCAAACCUGGCGCUUUUGCUGUUAUCACAUCAAAUAAUCCCAGAGAAGCCAAGACCUUACCGUCACGUCGAUUCAACAGACAAAGAGUUGACCCCAAGAAUGUGGCUUCAAUCAUAUUGGGAGGAGGUGCAGGGACUCAUCUCUUUCCCCUUACCAGAAGGGCUGCCACACCUGCUGUUCCAAUUGGAGGAUGCUAUAAGCUGAUAGACAUUCCAAUGAGCAACUGUAUCAACAGUGGGAUAAACAAGAUUUUUGUUCUGACACAGUUCAAUUCAGCUUCCCUCAACCGGCACGUUGCCCGCACUUAUUAUGGCAAUGGUAUAAAUUUUGGAGAUGGGUUUGUGGAGAUUCUGGCAGCCACUCAAACAUCAGGAGAGGCAGGGAAGAAGUGGUUCCAAGGAACCGCAGAUGCUGUGAGGCAAUUCAUAUGGGUAUUUGAGGAUGCGAAGAAUAGGAACAUUGAGAAUGUAGUGAUCUUGUGCGGGGAUCAUCUCUAUCGAAUGGAUUAUAUGGAAUUCGUACAGAGUCACGUAGACGGUAAUGCUGAUAUUACAAUUUCAUGUGUGACGAUGGACAACAGCCGUGCUUCUGAUUAUGGACUGGUGAAGAUAGAUGGCAGGGGCCGUAUUGUCCAGUUUUCUGAAAAGCCGAAGGGUACUGAUUUGAAAGCAAUGCAAACAGAUACCACUCUUCUAGGGUUGUCUCCCCAAGAAGCCGCAAGUUGCCCUUACAUUGCAUCAAUGGGAGUCUAUGUAUUUAAGACGGAUGUUUUAUUAAAGCUUCUGAGAUGGAGAUUUCCUACUUCCAAUGACUUUGGGUCUGAAAUCAUUCCUGCUGCAGUUAAGGAACAUGACGUCCAGGCAUAUAUUUUCAAAGACUACUGGGAAGAUAUUGGAACCAUAAAGUCCUUUUAUGAAGCCAAUUUAGCCCUCACUGAAGAGUUUCCUAAGUUUGAGUUUUAUGAUCCAAAGACACCUUUCUAUACAUCUCCUCGAUACUUACCACCGACAAAAAUUGAUAAAUGCAGGAUUAAAGAUGCAAUAAUCUCCCAUGGAUGCUUCUUACGAGAGUGUAGUGUCCAACACUCGGUAAUUGGUGAACGCUCACGUUUGGACUCCGGCGUUGAGCUUCAGGACACGGUUAUGAUGGGAGCAGACUAUUACCAAACUGAGCUCGAAAUUAUAUCUCUACUGGCAGAGGGUAAGGUCCCGAUCGGAAUUGGACACAAUACCAAAAUCAGUAACUGCAUAAUCGACAAGAAUGCAAAGAUAGGAAGAGAUGUGAUCAUUGCGAAUAAAGAUGGUGUUCAAGAAGCGGAUAGGUCAGACGAAGGAUUUUAUAUCCGGUCCGGUAUCACUGUCAUACUAGAUAAGGCAACAAUAAAGGAUGGUACAAUUAUAUAAACCAGAUCGGAUCUUAAAUUACUUUCACGGACAGCAUUUGAGCUUGGAAUCGAAAGGGCACCAUCGAAAGCUGUCACGGUCCAUUGCGGGAAGAAGGUUCUGAAGGUGGCAUUUGCAGCAUUUUGCCCAAGGAAAAGUAAAAAAAAGAAGCUCCACUACUAUGAAUUACUUUUUAUGUAAAUUACAGGUUCUUUUUGCAGUGCAAGGUAGAUAUUAGAUAUGUUAGUUUGCUAAGCAAAAUAAAUCAAAUGGCUAAGCAGCCCUUUGUUUCUUUUUCUGUUAGUAGAGUGCAUUUAAUUUAUCCCUUCAAGGCGGAGUCAGAAUUUUUGUUUUUGGUACUGAAAUUAAAUUAUAUAUUUUUAUAUUUUAUUA